AUGUCUGUCCAACCGCUCAUCACCUUCAAGGCCGGCCAGUGCGAGCUGACUCGCGGAGAAGGCAACCAACAGACAGUCAAGCCAGUACCGACACCUGGCUAUGUUUAUCUGUACCAAGGAGAAGAUGAAUUUGUGCACUUCUGCUGGCGACCACGCGACCGCCCACUCGACCAGUCCGAUCUCGACCUAAUCAUGAUCCCCGGUGAUGGCUCUUUCCAACCCUACACCGGCAAAGACUCCGUCGACGACUCCGAGAACAUCAAGUCACCCACCGACGGUCGCAUCUUCGUCCUCAAGUUCAGCUCGAGCUCACAACGCCAUCUCUUCUGGUUACAAUCAAAGUCGCAGCACCCGCGGGGUGCGAGCUGGUUCAGCGAGCGUGAUCUCAAGAUCGGACAAGUAAUUGAUUUACUGCUGACGGGCGAAGAGAUUGAUGUGCAGGCUGAACUCGCAGGUAUCUCAAACUCAUCUGGCAAUGAUGAGGACGAGUCAAUGGAAGACGUAGAGCCAUCCAGCCGAAACCGCCACGGUAGCACCGGAGGCGCAGGGGCUGGUGCCACGGGCGGUGACAUCCGAGAUGAAGGCGAAGAGUCCCGAGAAGGAGGCGCCGAUGGUGGUCGAGCAGCCGGCUCGGGUGACGUCUCUGCCAUUGUCCAAGACUUUAUGAACUCGCUCAAGGGCGGCAACGCAGGCGGCAGCUCACAACAACGAGGCUCAGAACCCUUCACUACCCUCCUCGACCUCCUCUGGCCUUCACAUACCCUCCCGACCGUUCAGAAUGCGUCCGACGAACUCAUCGACGCCCUGUGUGCACAGCUACCGACAACUCCUUUCCUCCUAGAAGCCGAAGUAGAAGAUAUCGACGAAAUCGACCCGAACUCCGAGACCGCACAGAUGGCUAUCCAGACGCUGGGCCGAGAUGAGAAGAUCGAGGUACUAAAUCGGGUUCUACGAGCACCCCAGUUAAGGGCGGCUUUGGGUAGUUUGACAGAAGCGCUGAAGACCGGUGCCCUGCCGACCGUCAGCCAGGCACUGAAGAUUGAUGUUGAGAACGGAGGCUACAUUAGAGGUGGAGGAAUGCCACUUGGUGGCCCGGACGCGGUCAAGGCAUUCUUGGAGGGUGUCAAGAAGACUGUCGAGAAGGAGAAGAAGGGUGAUGACGAAAUGGACACUAGCUAG